AAACACUUCCUACUCAAUGUCCAGUAACCACCGUACAUGGCUCUCUUUAUUAUCUUAAAGAGCACAUCACUGAAUGCAGCAGUAUGAGUUCUUAUUCUCUUCUUUUUUCUCUUGUUUGCAUUUGUGAAUGUUUUAUCUUUCCAGCUUCAGCACAACGAGUUAAUGCUUGGAGUGAUGUGAUCAUGGUUGAAACAGGCUCAGCCGUCACCCUGUGCUGCUCUGAGGAACCCGUUGUAACCCCCAGGCUGGUUACAUGGAUGAUGAUGGGAGACAAGGGGACAAAUUGGACCAGCCUGUUUUCAGUUAUCCGAGAAGGAGGGAAUAAGAGACUACAAAAUGCAGGCAGAAUUCUGGAGAUAUCUGAUCAAAUUUUCUUGCGAUUUACUGCCACAGAGGAAAGUGGAGGGCUCUACUCUUGCUUGCUGGAGAAGGAGGACAAGAAGUUUAAAGAGAGAAUUAUUCUUCUUGCUGUUAUUAAACUGACCUUAGCGCCGGCUUCUGUCAUCCCCAUCGACAGCACUGCGAGGUUAAAAGCUGAAGUAUCUCCCUCCUAUGCCGUAGCGGGUGGGACGUGGCUCUCACGCACCGGCUCACCAUUACUCACUGAUGUGUCCUUAGCAGGCACCCUGCUCACCAAACUGCCCCGUGUCACCCCCAGUGACAACGGCAUCUACACAUGCAACAUCACUGUGGACGGCCAAAGCAGGAAACCCGUCUACAGCUACACACUCAGGGUGAAACUAUAUGGGAAGAAAGUGGCAUGGUUCCCAAAUAUUACAUAUGCAGGACCUCUAUACAGUCUGGCGGCUCUGUCUCGGUCAGCUGUCACACUCCCCUGCCCCAACAUCAAUGGUGACUAUGUCCUGCUUUACUGGUGGCGUCCAGAUUCACCAUCAUCAUCUCCAGAGCUGAUUUUUCAGUUCGACCGCUGGAGAGACUCCAAGAAGCAGUCUAAUCUCCGCCUCAGUUUGCUCAACCGCCCCUCUGUGCUUUCUGGGAACUUCUCUUUCCUCCUGAGACCAGAGAUGAAAGACGCAGGCCGAUAUCAGUGCGAGGUCUUUAGGGAUGACCAGGUUUUUGCUCAGGUUACAGCACUGACUGUAUUAUAUGGUUAUAGCAAGAUAAGAUCCUACUCUUCCUCGAUGGACCUGAUCUGUAUGUAUAGCGAGCGUUCUCUGGUAGCCUCAGUAAAAUGGUCGCACGUCCAGAGACCUGAACGUCAGCUGCCUUCAAGUGCAGUUAUGGGUCAGACAAUCAUUACAAUAGACCUCCCAAUAACGCCAGACACGGCUGGCGACUACACCUGUACUCUUCAACUAAACAACGGUCAAACUAUCAGAUAUCUUUACACCGCCACGAUGCCUCGUACAGAGCCACCUUGCUGUUCAAGUGAGCAGCCUCAUGAUUUAACCACCCAGACUGCUGUCUCUCUGCUGCAGCCUACUGAGCGUAACAGUACACCUGAGCCAUCCAUUCUUCUCCCAGCUCUCUCUCUUCUCCUCUUUUUGGUACCUGUGGUUGCUGUCGCUGUCGGGGUGUUGCUAUGGAGACGAGGACCUUGCACCUUCCCUCAAAAUAUGGAGCGUACUCUGUCUCACUACUCUGGAGAAGUGGAGAACAUCUAUGAAACUCCUGAGGAUGUGAGACAGUCAACUCCCCAAAAUGCAGUGUAUAUGGAUCUGAAGCUUACAGGCGAGACGGAUGUUUAUAGGGAAUUAGACAGAUAUGACCAGUGUUGUGGCUGAGUUUGUGCAGUUGGAUGAAUAUAAGAUGCCAGAUGCUGCCAUGUAACCAUUGAUAUUUACACCGAAGACAUAUUGGUGCUAAUAUCGAUAAUGUCAAACACGGACAAAAUCAAAAUAAAUUGGCAUUAUGGGUUGUCGAAUUUGUUCAUUGUGCAUAUUUCCCCCUUUUUCUUUUCAUAUUCAGGUUAUCACUGUGAAAUAAUGUGACGAAUUACAAAAUAGUGUGUUUUCUCACACCGACCAAGCAAAAACGAAGAAGAAAAUAUUAACAAGAUCAUAAAGUAUCAUGAAUUCAUUUUUCUGAGAUAUAAAAGUAUAAAAUAUUAUCAAGAUAAAAAUACGUACAGGACAGCACUGGGUCUUAGGUUCGAUCCUGAACUCGUUACCGGUUACUGUCUGUUUGGAGUUUCGUAUGUUUUCCCCAUGUCCUCUUAAUCAGGUUCCUCAGGUUCUUCGGGUUUCAUCCUUCUGCCUAUAAACAUAAGAAGAACAUAAAACUGCUUCCUGGGUUACUGAUAAUGAGUUUACAAAAGAUGAAUGAAUGGAUAUCACUACGCCUGUUACCUGUUACAUGCUGUGAGGAUUGUUUAUACAAAUUUAUCUAAACUUUAUGCAAAACUUUAUACACUCUUAGGACACACUGAUGAAUGCAGGGCAAAGAGAUUUGAUGUGAUAUGCAUACGUUGGUGUUUUGAUAUUAACAUGAAUAAAGUAUAUGUAAGUUCAAUAUUUUCUGAUGUGAUAUAAAUAUUCUCUAAUGACGUCUGUGCCUCCGACUACUUUUAUAUCCUCGGAACAGCUUUUUAUUUCUCUCGGCUUUUCCAAGACAUUCCCUGAAGCAACCCAUUAUACAUUCCCUACUUUGUAUGAAUCGUCACUAAUGAUUUGAAUGAUUAAUACAGAAUAAUUUACAGACUAGAACUAAAAAAAGCUCAGUUUUUGGUUUCAUUCUGUAUUUUUGUAUAUAAUUUUUUAUAGCAGCUCCUACAGCAAUAACCACAUGUUAAGAAGGUUAUAACACAUAACAGCAUUUAAAUAACUGGUGAAUGUGUAAGAAAAACAACACAAAUUCAGAA